CCGGCAAUGAAUUACCUUAAUUACCUUAAUUAGUCAUUCCGACCUGUGAAUCUGGCUGGCUUCAAUUUGGGAGGAUUGGUACGAGUUCUCGAGUUGUUCAACAUGCUCGACACGACGAAUCGAUAUGGCACGGACGUGCACGAGCACGAGAUCUUGUUGAGCAGUGCGGGGCAGCAAGUCAUGAUGGCGUGGGAGAGGGAGUACAUGGAGAAGUGUGUGGAUGCGCUCGGGAUCACGCCCACCUCGGACGUGUUGGAGAUCGGCUUUGGCUUGGCGUACUCGGCGACCCACAUUCAGUCGUACAGUCCCAAGUCGCACACGAUCAUCGAAUGCGACCCCGUGUCGCUGGUGGAGCUGGAGGUUUGGGCCAAGACGCGGCCCAAUGUCGUGAUCGUCGCAGGCACAUGGCAAACGGUACUGGCGUCGUUGGGAAGUUUUGACUGCAUCUUCUUCGACGACUACCCCCUACCUCAAACGGAGCGCGACGAAUCCAUCUUUUCCAUCUCCAGGUGGCAUGACUUUUUGGACGCAACGUUGAACUGGCACGUCAAUGUGGGGGGUCGUGUGACGGGGUAUUUGGCUCGGGAGAUUGACUUGAGUCGCGACGGGUGCCACGUAGCCAUGACGCCGUUCGAGGUCUCCAGCUCCUUUCACUCUCCCGUUACUAACUCUUCAACUAAAUUAGGUGCAAGUGCCUCUGAAUUGCACCUACUUCCCAUACAAAACUGCAUUGGUGCCACUGGUGACCUUGGUCGAGCGCAAGCCGAGCAUCACUACAUACGCCCUGCGUCAUGACGACAUGAAGGAACAUGCUGCUGAGCACAAAGUUGUGACGUCGCAUCCGAAACUCGUCCAACUGCGACGCCGCCUCGACCUUCAAAGGUCCAUGGAACGAGCGGCCGACACAUCCUCCCCACCUUGCCGCCCCAUCACACAAAUGCCACGAGAAGAUUUCAUUCGCCACCUCAAGGCUGCUGCCAACGCCGCAAAGAAACAAGUGGACGUGGCCAAGAGCGACGACGAUAUCCCCCUAGAAGGUCACCGAAAGCGUAGCGACGAUCGAGUUAUCGGCUAACAAAUCCAUCUAGACAACGUUAAAAUGUUGCUCGAGUUCUUAAUUCUGAAUCUAAACCUGUCGCAAU